ACCUCCAGGAGACAGCGAGCACCGAGUUCACGUCCUAGAGAGGAUGCUUGCGCCACUUCCGCUCGCCGGUCUAAAACCGCGCAUGCGCAUUGCGUCUCUUCCUCUUCGGGCUUGGGCUUCGGUUCCGGCGACAUGGCUAAGCGCACCAAGAAGGUCGGGAUCGUCGGGAAAUACGGGACCCGUUAUGGUGCCUCCCUCCGGAAAAUGGUGAAGAAAAUUGAAAUCAGCCAGCACGCCAAGUACACUUGCUCCUUCUGUGGCAAGACCAAGAUGAAGAGACGAGCCGUUGGCAUCUGGCACUGUGGUUCCUGCAUGAAAACGGUGGCCGGCGGAGCCUGGACCUACAACACCACCUCUGCAGUCACAGUGAAGUCUGCCAUCAGGAGGCUGAAGGAACUGAAAGACCAGUAGAAGCCCUUACCGUCUGAGAUUCGCCUAGCCUGCAAUAAACGGGUUAUUUACGUAA